CCGCAGGCAAUUAAUCUUCAGCGAUGUCGUUCAUUUUCGAAUGGCUCUACAACGGCUUCAGCAGCGUGCUGCAGUUCCUAGGUUUGUACAAGAAGUCUGGAAAACUUGUGUUCCUGGGCUUGGAUAACGCAGGCAAAACCACUCUGUUGCACAUGCUCAAAGAUGACCGGCUGGGUCAGCAUGUCCCCACACUACAUCCCACAUCAGAGGAGCUGACGAUUGCUGGAAUGACCUUCACGACUUUUGAUCUGGGUGGACACGAGCAAGCUCGCCGGGUCUGGAAGAACUAUCUGCCGGCCAUCAAUGGGAUAGUCUUCCUGGUGGAUUGUGCAGAUCACUCGCGUCUUAUGGAAUCCAAAGUUGAGCUUAAUGCGCUAAUGACAGAUGAAACAAUAUCCAACGUGCCAAUCCUUAUCUUGGGGAACAAAAUCGACAGACCAGAGGCCAUCAGUGAGGAGAAACUGCGGGAGAUCUUUGGGCUCUACGGACAGACCACGGGAAAGGGCAACGUGCCGCUGAAAGACCUGAACGCUCGGCCCAUGGAGGUGUUCAUGUGCAGCGUGCUGAAGAGGCAAGGCUAUGGCGAAGGUUUCCGCUGGCUAUCGCAGUACAUUGACUGAGACUUGGACGAACAGAAGGGUUUUCCUCCUCUGGACUGAUCCUGUUCACAGCUUCCUACAGACUUCUCUAUCAGAACACGGAAGGUUUUCUCAACCGCACCCUGGCAUUGACCAAGAGACUCCUGUUUUUUUUUCAGCUGCCCUAUGGCACAGUGGUGACACAACUCUUUUCCAUGUGAUGGGGAGACGGCACCAUUCUGCACGCGGGUGCAAAGUUGUCCCUUUCAGUUCGGUGACAGCGGGGCUGGUGUGAUCGGGGAAGUAAAGCUCUGCAUGCUACAGUGUAACGGCUGAAAAAGAGAGCACGUCUCACCACUGUGGUU